AACAACAACAACAACAACAACAACAACAACAACAACAACAACAACAACAACAACAACAACAACAACAACAACAACAACAACAACAACAACAACAACAACAACAACAACAACAACAACAACAACAACAACAACAACAACAACAACAACAACAACAACAACAACAACAACAACAACAACAACAACAACAACAACAACAACAACAACAACAACAACAACAACAACAACAACAACAACAACAACAACAACAACAACAACAACAACAACAACAACAACAACAACAACAACAACAACAACAACAACAACAACAACAACAACAACAACAACAACAACAACAACAACAACAACAACAACAACAACAACAACAACAACAACAACAACAACAACAACAACAACAACAACAACAACAACAACAACAACAACAACAACAACAACAACAACAACAACAACAACAACAACAACAACAACAACAACAACAACAACAACAACAACAACAACAACAACAACAACAACAACAACAACAACAACAACAACAACAACAACAACAACAACAACAACAACAACAACAACAACAACAACAACAACAACAACAACAACAACAACAACAACAACGUCGUGAACAACAACAACAACAACAACAACAACAACAACAACAACAACAACAACAACAACAACAACAACAACAACAACAACAACAACAACAACAACAACAACAACAACAACAACAACAACAACAACAACAACAACAACAACAACAACAACAACAACAACAACAACAACAACAACAACAACGUCGUGAUUAAUAACCCCGACUCCCUGGUUCGAGUCCUGGUGGCGACAGUCAAUUUUUUCUUUAGACUUUUCCCGUUUGCGUCUUUCCCUCAAACCAGUGAAUACUUGUACCGGUAG